AUGACACUUUGGGUUCAUACGGCGCCGAAAAAAGGAAAGGUUGUCAAGGAAGAGAACACCGUGUCUUUGGGUCCACAGGUCGCCGAGGGCGAGCUCGUGUUUGGCGUUGCCCACAUAUUCGCCUCCUUCAAUGAUACCUUUGUUCACGUUACUGAUCUGUCGGGUAAAGAAACCAUAUAUCGAGUGACUGGCGGAGUGAAAGUAAAAGCCGACCGUGACGAAUCCUCACCCUAUGCUGCGAUGUUGGUUGCCCAGGAUGUAGCUACCCGCUGCCGCGAGGUAGGAAUCACCGCUUUGCACGUCAAGCUACGUGCUACGGGAGGUACCGGAACCAAAACUCCUGGACCUGGUGCACAGAGUGCUCUUCGUGCUCUUGCUCGCGCUGGCAUGCGCAUCGGUCGUAUUGAGGAUGUGACUCCUGUUCCGACUGACUCUACUCGUCGUAAGGGCGGUCGUCGUGGUCGUCGUCUAUGAUUGUGCCGCGUUGCGCGGUUCUGUAUACUGGUACA